GUGUGUUGCAGAAGUGGGAGAUCAAAGAAGAAGGAAGAAAGGAGAGAUGGUAAAGAACGAUCUUUACAUAACGGUUCCCAGCUUUUUCAAAUGCCCCAUCUCCCUUGACGUCAUGAAGUCCCCUGUUAGUCUCUCCACCGGCGUUACCUAUGACCGCUCCAGCAUCCAGCAAUGGCUCGACUAUGGCAACAACACCUGCCCAGCUACCAUGCAAGUCCUCCACACCAAGGACUUCGUUCCCAACCAUACCCUCCAUCGCCUUAUCCAGAUCUGGUCCAAUUCCCUUUCCCCUUCCUCUUCUUCUACUCCUUCUCUCUCCCAUGACCAAGCCCGACACUUGAUCUUCUCCAACGAUUGCUCAGAUUCCCUCUCCAAGAUCCUUGAUUUCGCCAUUGAAUCCGACGAUAACCGCAAGUUCCUCGCCAACACCGACGGUAUUGUAUCCGUCAUCGUUGGUGUUCUUGGCAAUGACGCUGAUCUUUCCACCUUCGAACAUGCCGUUCGUUUUCUCCAUCUCAUUCUCACCGAUUACACAGAUAAAGAGAAGCUCAUGAGUUUAAUCUUGAAGGGAGACCGUGAUUUCUUGUCUUCCAUUGUUCAGGUCUUGCAGAAAGGGGGUUUGGAUUCCAAAAUCGCAUCCGCGCGGCUCUUGCAGGCCAUCGCGGUCGACCCCGAGUCCAAGGUUCUCAUCGCCGAGAAAGAAGGUGUCUUGCCUGGACUAUUGCGUCUGGUGAGCUCCAAUACCGAUUCCACAGCUGCCAUCGAUGCUGGAUUGUCUUGCUUGGUUGCGGUUUCUAAGACAAGGCGGAUUAGAUUGCAGAUCGUUCGGCUCGGAGCGGUCCAGGUAUUGGGAAAGUUGCUCUCUCGCCGGGACUGUAAUACGGUCUCUGUUGCAGACAAGGCUUUGGAGCUGUUGGAGAUGGCGUCUACCUGCAACGAGGGUCGGACGGCAAUAUGCGAGGACCCGAACUGCGUCCCUGCGAUAACGCAGAAGAUGCUCAAGGUGUCCAAGGAAGCGAAGGAGUACGCGGUGUUGAUACUAUGGAGCGUUUGCCAUCUGUUCAGGGACCCAAAGGCGCAGGAAGCCGUGACCAAGUCUAACGGAUUGACCAAGAUCUUGCUGUUGAUGCAGAGCAAUUGUUCACCUUCUGUUCGCCAAAUGUCUGCAGACCUCCUUAAGAUCUUUCGUGUGAACUCAAAAUCUUGUCUUUCUAGCUAUGAUACUAAAACCACCCACAUCAUGCCCUUCUGAGUUUUUGUCUCACUAAACCCUUUUAAUUUGUUCUUCUAACCCAAAAACACUAAUCACUUCUUCUCUAAAAUUUCAGAGAAAGA